GGCUCUCGGAGCGCCUCCGGCUCCGGUCUCGGGCCGCCCUCCGCAUUGCGCGGAGCCCGGCGAUCUGUCAGCGGAGCUGGCUGGGUGGGGGGAGCCGCCCGGCCCGCCGGGGCUCGGGUUACCAGUGACUGACAGCGUCUCCAUGGCGAAUAAUUUGACUCCGACUAUUGUCUGGCGCGGGCAGGCCCCGGGUCAGAUAACCAGACCAAUCAGGACGCGGGCCGCCGCGCCCCAUGCCCGCUUAGAAUAAUAUUAUUAAAAAAGCAGCUAGCGAGCUAGACGGGAGGGAGAGAGAGCGAGAAGCUAGCGAAGGAACGGUGGGCGGGCGGGCGGGCGGGCGCGGAGCAUGCGGAGCGGCGCCCCGGGCGGCCCCCGGGCUUGGACGAGGGCGCUGGCUAGGCGCGCGGGCGGCGGGGGCGCGGAGCGGCGCAGGACCCGCGGCCGGCGCGAGGACUUACUGCCGUGACUCGGAUUUCGCCCCGGAGCCAGCCGCAGGCCAGGGGGCCCCCCGCCCGCCUUUCGGCCCUGACCGCCCGGCGGGGAGGUGCUCAUGCGGUUCCGCGCAGCGCGGUGAGGGCGCGCGCGGGCGGGCGGGGGCGCAGCCGGCACCAUGUCCAUGCUGCCCACCUUCGGCUUCACGCAGGAGCAAGUGGCGUGCGUGUGCGAGGUGCUGCAGCAGGGCGGCAACAUCGAGCGGCUGGGCCGCUUCCUGUGGUCGCUGCCCGCCUGCGAGCACCUCCACAAGAAUGAAAGCGUGCUUAAAGCCAAGGCGGUGGUGGCCUUCCACCGCGGCAACUUCCGCGAGCUCUACAAGAUCCUGGAGAGCCACCAGUUCUCGCCGCACAACCACGCCAAACUGCAGCAGCUGUGGCUCAAGGCGCACUACAUCGAGGCGGAGAAGCUGCGCGGUCGGCCGCUGGGCGCGGUGGGCAAGUACCGCGUGCGCCGCAAGUUUCCGCUGCCGCGCUCCAUCUGGGACGGCGAGGAGACCAGCUAUUGCUUCAAGGAAAAGAGUCGCAGCGUGCUGCGCGAGUGGUACGCGCACAACCCCUACCCCUCACCCCGAGAGAAGCGCGAGCUGGCGGAGGCCACGGGCCUCACCACCACGCAGGUCAGCAACUGGUUCAAGAACCGGCGGCAGCGCGACCGGGCAGCCGAGGCCAAGGAAAGGUACGAGGAGAACAGCGAGAACUCCAACUCCAACAGCCACAACCCGCUGGCUGCGUCGCUGAACGGCAGCGGCAAGUCGGUGCUAGGCAGCUCGGAGGACGAGAAGACGCCGUCGGGGACGCCGGAUCACUCGUCGUCCAGCCCCGCGCUGCUGCUCAGCCCGCCGCCGCCGCCCGGGCUGCCGUCCCUGCACAGCCUGGGCCACCCUCCCGGCCCCAGCGCCGUGCCGGUGCCCGUGCCCGGCGGAGGCGGCGCGGACCCACUGCAGCACCACCACGGCCUGCAGGACUCCAUCCUCAACCCCAUGUCGGCCAACCUUGUGGACCUGGGCUCCUAGAGCCCCGCCUGCCUCGACGCGCUUGUCUCCUGGGCAGGGCGCUGGGGACCUGAGAGGGACCGCGUCCGGAGGGCGCCCCGCGCCGGCGGCCCCAUCAGGUACUGAAAGACCCGCGCGCAGAGCGGGCAGAACUGCCGGCCCCCGGCAGAGCAGAUGGCUCUCUGGUUUGGUCUUUGUGCGGGAUUUAUGUUCAACAAGUUGCUUUGGAGAGCCUUUGGAGGCCUGGGACCGGGGCUUGAACCAGGGAAGGGAAUAAAUUAUACAUCAUUCUUCUACUCUCUCUCUCUCCCUGCCUUCCCUUCACCUCUCUUCUGUCGCCUUUCUUGCUCUUUCUUCCUCUUCUUUCCCCUUCCUUCUCUUCUUUCGUCUCCUUUCCCCCACCUCUUCUUGUUUUCCCCCUUUUCACUGUCUCUGCUUCGCUUAGACUUCUGGCUUGUUACCGCUCACUAGGUUUCUGUUACUCUAUCUCGGUUUUUCUGUUUCUCCUCUCCGCCGACCUCCUGCACUUCGAGGGCGGUACCCCCUCGGUCUCUCUCCUCUCGCUUGGCGGUCACUUUGCUUCCCCCCCCCAAUCCUGACUUUCCUGAGCUGAGAGUGGGAGUCAAAAGAGCAAAGGAGAGACAGGGCCUUUGAACCCAGCCUUUCUCCAGGCCCUCCCCCUGGGCGUCAGCGAGGGGGCUGCAGGUGUCAGUUUAGCACCUUUCACUUAAGUGAAGGACAAAGGGCGGCAGCAUAGCCCCUGGCCUCCCCCUUGAAGCCUGCCUCUCCCUCUCUCCCUCUCUUUCUUUCUCAGCGAGGCCCCAACACCCGCUCUCCUCUUCCUCCCGGGACGGUGGCCACAGUGCUCCCAGCAGAGCGUGCCUCCCCAGCCUCGGAUUUGCCAUCUCCCUGUUAUGCCCUCAUGUGAAUGUUCCUUGGGAAAUAUUUCUGCUUUUAUUUUAUAAUAAAAUUAGAAAUCAUAAAUAUA